AGACAAGAAGGUUGCCACUGAGAAUUAUUUGAUUAGCUUUUGAACCACAAUUAUUAACCAAACAUCAUCUCCCACUUUCAAAUAAUUUUCCAUUCUUCAUUUAAACACAAACCAACAAACAUUAUUUUUUAUGGCAGAUUCUCACACUCAAACACCACACCAACAACCUCAAAUUCAGACACCGCUCCUUCCUCCUCCGCCGUCUCCUCCGCCGCCUCCACCACUUCAAAACAACACCAACCACCUCAACCACCACCACAACCACCACCUCCCAGACCAAGAAGCCGACGUUGAUCAGUCAAUAGCAGGGCUAGAGCUACUGCUUACAUUUCUUGGUUUCAGUCAAUCUUCUGUCCCAAGUUAUCUUAUUUCUUGGACAGUUUUUGUUUUGAUCGGAGUGUUGCUUCCGGUGAUCAUUCUAGAGCUGCCGAAAUGUUCUGGGUGUGAUAAGUAUCAGAUUAAAGAUUUUGAGCUGGAAAUUGUUGCAUCGCAGGCUUGUUUAGCUGCGGUUUCUUUGGGUUGUAUUUCUCGUAAUAUCCGCAAGUAUGGUGUUAGAAAAUUUAUAUUUGUGGACCGCCGUAAUUCUCUUAUAUUGGGGCGGUUUAGUCAUCAAUAUGCUCAGCAAAUUAAGAAUUCUUUACGUUUACUGAUCGUCUGGUCACUGCCAUGUUUCAUCCUCAAAGUUGUGCGAGAGGUGAUUCGUAUAUCGUACGUAAAACACGAGUCUCGGUGGUUAUCUGCUGCUAUUUUGUUCGGUUUGAUUGUUUCAUGGAGUUAUGUGAGUACUAUAACUUUAACAGCCAGCAUUAUCUUUCAUCUGGUCUGCAAUUUGCAAAUUAUUCACUUCGAUGACUAUGAAAAGCUCUUGGAAAGAGAAUCCGAUGUUUUACUAUUUAUAGAGGAGCAUAUUCGUCUUCGUUAUCACCUGUCAAAGAUAAGCCAUAGGUUCCGCAUUUUUCUUCUUCUGCAGUUCUGUUCUGUCACAGCUAGUCAAAUUGUGACUCUUUUUCAAACUACAGGGUAUAGCGGAAUUAUUACCGUGAUCAAUGGAGGCGAUUUUGCAGUAUCUUCAGUCGUCCAAGUAGUUGGCAUUAGUCUGUGUCUCCAUGCUGCUACUAAAAUAUCGCAUAGAGCACAAAGAAUCGCUUCAGUAGUUAGUAGAUGGCACGCAUUAGCGACAUGUGGUUCAGGUGAUUCAUCGCAUUUACGAGUUUCAUACAGUUCAGGGAGCUUGGAAACUGUAAAUUCGCACAACUCGCUAAGCACAACUUAUUCUGAAAGUGAUUUGGAGUCUAUGGAUUAUGUUGCAAUGCCUACUAACACUCAAUUGGUAUCCUAUAUGUCAUCUUACCACAGAAGACAAUCCUUUGUGAUGUACUUGCAAAACAAUCCUGGAGGAAUCACCAUAUUUGGUUGGACUGUUGAUCGUGGCUUAAUUAACACAAUCUUUUUCAUCCAACUCACUCUCAUCACUUUCGUGCUCGGAAAGACUAUAGUCUUUGCUUCUAAAUGAGAGUUUCCGAACAAAAAGUUUUUCUAUACGCUCGGCAGUUGCAAGAGCUUAGAGAGCAACAGUCUUUCUACAGAAUCAUUGUAAUGAAAAUGAGUUUAGGCACAGCAACUGUGAAUAUAUACAAUCUGUAACAGAGAAUGAAGAAACCGAGAGUUCUAUUUACUUCUACGAUACAAAUUUAUAGAUCGGAAUAACAUUUUCUAAAUUAAUCUCAAUGUAUUUGCACAA